GGAGCUCAAAGCGCAAGUUGACUGCCUCAUGUCAGGUCGUCAAUUGAAGAAGAGGCUUUGAAAUAUCACAAGAGGUUAUUAAACGAUGAACUCCAAAAGCGUCGAUACCCGCAAGGCCAAUGAUGAGCCCUCAUGUCACUUCCCUGAUUGUCUCUCCGUGUCAACAUGUUGCGGGGCGACGCGCGGCGGGGUAGCUGUUAGCGGGCGGCGGUCUCCAGCAGGCUGACCGCCUCCAAUUUCAACCUCCCAGCCAACCCAAUCCUCCUGUCUCGACAACACAGGUCCCGACUUCUUCCCCGUCAGACAACAUGGCUACCGCACAGAUUCCUGAGGGAGGCACCUACCUCGAUACCUUCAAGGGGUCCUUCACCAAGGUCCCAAUCGAUGCCGACAAUGGCAACGCCAUCUCGACGGCCGAAUUCCUCGACGCCGCUGAGUCCUUGACCACCAUGUUCGAUAUCCUCGGUUCGGUCGCAUUUUCCCCGGUUAAGAAGGACAUGCUGGGCAACAUUGAGAAAAUUCGGAAAAGGCUGCUGGCAGCCCCCCUCGAGUCCCAGAACCUCCAAGACCUCGUGCGGAACGAGCUCAAAACCAAGUCUCAUACCGCUACCGAGGGCUUGUUAUGGCUCGUCAGGGGCCUCGAGUUCACAUGCCUUGCCUUGAGCCAAAACCUGGCCAACCACGAACACGAGCUCUCCGAGUCCUUCCGCAACGCCUACGGCGUCACCCUCAAGCCCCACCACAGCUUCAUGAUCAAGCCCAUCUUCAGCGCCGCGAUGAGCGCCUGUCCCUACCGCAAGGACUUCUACUCCAAGCUCGGCUCGAAUGAGGGAAAGGUCAAGGAGGAGUUGCGCGAGUACCUGGCUGCGUUGGACAAGAUCGUCGGCAUUCUCAAGGCUUUCCUUGACAGCAAGGAUGCUAAGUGGUAGGCGCUCCUGCUCUGAGAAUAAUGAGGCAGGAGGAGGGUUGGGCAGCGCGCAAAGCGCCAUUGGCGCGGUAACGGAGCCUGUCCUUCACGCCAGCUAACAGGAAUACAACCCCUGAUACACCAGCCUGUUCAUCGUUCAGCUGAACCACCUUACGUUCCGCAGUCUCACAACUCCUGCAGAAGGAGCACGGCUCGAAUCUGACAAAUCGCUAGUUACUGACAGAGCGAUAAGCCGGCAAGCAAAACUGUAACUCUAACCCACAAUCUCGAUGUCUCAAAAUUUUCCGUAGUGCCUUUGUUCUGUGAUUCUUACCCAUCACUUUAGGCAUUCCCAAAAUCCAAUGAACGGACAGCGG